AUGGAGUUUAUGCAGGGCUAUGCUCGGAUUCUUGGGUACUGUAGUUAUGUCGGUAGGUUAGCGGAAGUGGAAGGCUGGGUUCUUACUGGAAGAAAGGACGUCCAUGACCGCAGUGUUCCGGUGGAAUGUGUUGACAUUGAUUGGGUUGUGAGUGAUUUGACAGUUUUACGAGUUGGAUCUACGCAAAGAUUUUCUAGUGCCAUUACCUCGCGAAGGCAAUGUUUUGGGCCACUGGAGCGUGUAAGGGGAAUUGGCGAAUAG